CAGAGGGCUCCGCCACCCUUCGGGAAAGGGAAUAAUACGUACAAAUCCCUGAGCAGAUGGUUGUUUUAUUGGCUGUGAAGAACCACGGACCCUGUGUGCCCUGAUGGGGGACUCGGGAUCCAGACGAUCGACUCUUGUGUCUCGGUUGCCAAUAUUCAGGAGAAGUGUCAGCCGGAGACACGACUCCCUUCCUUCCUCGCCUUCUUCUGCCAAUGCCAUUGGUGUCCACACCUCCUCCCCAUCCAGCACCAACUCCAGCUCAGGGAGCACAGGAAAGCGCCGGAGUAUUUUCCGCACUCCUUCCAUUAGCUUCCAUAACAGGAAAGGGAGCGAGCAGAAGCCUGACUCAGCGAGUCAAAACGUUAACGUCUCAAAUGGUGCCCAGUCCUCUCUUAGCACUUUUCAAAAACUCAGCUUGGACGAGCACAUAAAAAGCAGAGGAAGGCAUUCAGUUGGCUUUGGCAGCUCACGUAGCAAGAAGAUAACAAGAUCUUUGACAGACGAUUUUGAAAAGGGAAAGGAGUCCUCAGCUAACAAGAACGUCUUUAUCAAUUGCAUAAGCUCUGGGAAGAAUGAGGGUGAUGAUUCAGGCUUUGCAGAAGAGCAAAGCCGAUACUCUGUCAAGCAGUCCACCCGAAAACUUCUCACCAAGUCUUUUUCAUCGCACUACAAGUUUUCUAAACCAGUUCCAGAGAGUCAGUCGGUUUCCUCUGUGCAGCAGCCCAGGUGCUUGCUGGAAGUUAAAUCCCAUGUGGAAAGCGAGCCUGUGAUGGCCAGGUCGUCUCCUCCCUGCUCGGCUGAGACGACGGAGUGCAUGGGCAGCUCGCUGCAGUCCCCGCUGCUCUCGGCUGACCUCACGGCUGCCCAGACCCCCUCGGACUUUGUCGCUCUGACCGAGGACUCUGUUUCAGAGGCUGAUGCCCUGCCCAGCAGUGGGCCUGGGGCACUGCUCGCAGAGGAUUUCGGCCACGACGUCUCUACCUCUCAGAUCUUCUUUAAUCCUGCUGCUGCUCCUGCCAGGGAGACACAUACUGUGCAAAGUACUGGCCAUUCUGCUGGUGUAUCUCCUGUGGGUCAUGCAAGCUCGUGCAGCAUGGAAUCCAGUACCUUAUUCAAAACCUCAGUUGCUAAUCAAACAAAAGUACUGUUGCAAGCCAAUGGACUACAUAUUAAUGAUGCCAGGCACAUAGAAAAAAUCAGUUCAGAAAACGCACAUUUAGAAACCUUGACAUUACAGCGUAGUGAGGAACCAGUGACACUCUCUCCAAAGGCACAGGGGUUGAGUGGGAGCAGAGAUGAAAGCACUCCAUGCAAGCACACGAGAGAUACAAUUCCUGUGGUGGAGUCUAAGACUGUUUCAUGUUCUGAACCUCAGUCCAUUAAAACACAACAGGGUUAUGAAUCAAACCAUCCUAAAGUUGAUCUUGCCAACAGCCUCAGUCCGUACCGGGAAGGCAGAUUUGUUGAGAAACGACUGAGGUCCUCUUCAGAAGGAACUGCUGGGGGCAGCCGGCUGAUCAUAAAGCCCAAGGAUGGAAAUGCAGAGGAGCUUAACAGCCUGAGGAAGCAGAGAGCAAGCUCAUCCUCUUCCAAAAUGAACAGCAUGGAUGUUUUGAAUAACUUGGGUUCCUGUGAGUUGGAUGAAGAUGACUUAAUGCUUGACUUGGAGUUCCUGGAAGAGCAACAUCACCUUCGUUCUGUGUGCCGGGAAGACUCAUACCAGUCAAUAGUGUCAUGUGCUGCUGUAGUACUCACCCCUGUAGAGGCCACAGUGGAUACAAGGAAAAAAGAACAGAUGAUAAUGCCUGAUGUGUCCAAACAGAGUCUGUCCCUGAAGCUGUCGAAGGAGGUGGAGCCAGGAGAAGCCAGGUACCCUCGUGUGAGCCAGCUGGCUGGCAGCCCAUCUGUGGAGUGGCCUUUCACUGGUCUGGAAGAAGGUGGAGGCAUUGAGUCUCUGCCCUUCAGAUUGAUGCUCCAGGACUGCACGGCUGUAAAGACAUUGCUUCUGAAAAUGAAGAGGGUUCUUCAAGAGAGUACAGACAUGAGUCCAGCUAGUAGCACAACCUCCCUCCCUGUUAGCCCCCUUCCUGAGGAGCCAUUGUUUUUCAAGGAUGGAAUAAAAGAUGAAUGCUCAUUGCUGAAGCUGCAGCUGAAGGAGAGGGAUGAACUCAUAGCCCAGCUUCGUGAGGAGCUGGAAAAGGCUCAGUGCUUUCAGAAGGCUCUUGCUUCCCAAGCAGAUAAAUCCACACAGACAGAACUUGUAGGCCAUGAUGGCACAGCAUUUGGAAGUGCUCCUGUACCUUCUCGCAGGCAAUUAUACUACAUAUCCAGUCAGAAUGGCGAGCCAAAAUCUCAGCACAAGGGACAGAAAGUCAGCACAUACUCCCACCGAGGACCCUUUUAGACACCCACCGGGCAGCCAAGCAGCAGCGUACGAGAGCCAGAGCUGCCAGCUGUCCAACCUGUGUCUGAGCAGCCUCCUGAAGGAGAAGGGCAUGGCAGAAGUCAUCAAGCACAGCCGGGGCACGUUCGAAGCCCUGCCUUCAGAGGUGGCCCAGAACGGCGUGGCUGUGGCGGCCCCCAGC